ACAAGUGCUGGUAGAGUAGCGUUCCGUGUCAAGCAGUACAUACACAACUGCUCGAGUGCUCGGAUUGUCUCGUCGUGUGGCCUGCGGCGCCGCUGGGUCCAUCCAUGGCGGCGAGGCUCGGUUUCUCGAAGGCCGUGCUGCUGGUGUUGCUCGCUGGCCCCGAUGCCGCCGGAGUACACGUACGGGCCCAUCGUGUCCGCGCCGCAGCACGAGGCGCUCGCGCUGCAGGCCAGCGAGCGGGUGGGCGAGGGGCGGCUCCCUGGCCCGGAGGACCUUGCGUACGACCGUGCCGGAGGGUGGCUGUACACGGGGUGCGCCGACGGGUGGGUGCGAAGGGUGAGCGUUCCCGGUGGGGACGUCGAGGACUGGGUCCGCACCGGCGGCCACCCGCUCGGCGUCGCGCUCGCCGCCGAUGGUGGCCUCGUCGUGGCCGACGCGGACAUCGGUUUGCUGAAGGUGAGCCCUGACAGGACGGUGGAGCUUCUGACGAACGCGGCGGAGGGCCUCAAGCUUGCGCUGACCGACGGCGUCGACGUUGCCGCCGACGGCACCAUCUACUUCACGGACGCGUCGUACAAGUACAACCUCCACAACCACAUGACGGACAUCCUGGAGGCGCGGCCCCACGGGCGGCUCAUGCGCUUCGACCCGGCCACGGGGCGGACGGCCGUGCUCGCACGCGACCUCUACUUGGCCAACGGCGUCGCGAUCUCGCCGGACCAGAGCUCGCUCAUCUACUGCGAGACACCGAUGAGGAGAUGCUCAAGGCACCACAUCAGGGGCGACAAGAGCUGCUCGGUCGAGAAGUUCAUCGACAACCUGCCGGGAUUCCCCGACAACAUCCGGUACGACGGGAAUGGAUUGCAUUGUCCGCGGGGAGAACUUUUCAGUGGGACAUACUGCUCAAGUACCCGUUCGUCCGGAAGCUGAAGAACUCGGGGGCGAUGAGCGUGACGCUGGACGGGGAGCCGGCGUCCAUGUACACCGACGCGGGGCUCGCCCUCGCCACCGGCUGGCUCAAGGCCGGCAACUAUCUGUACUACGGCUCACUGACGGAGACGUACAUCAGCAAGAUCGACCUCACCAAAUCUUCAGCCGAAUCCCAGCAGUGAUCCUCUGAUCCGACUUUGUGAAUUGUUAUUAGGCCUUCUUUACUCCUGGCCGGCGCACGUGGUCUGGGCUUAUCACGCUAAGGAGCGUAAGACGGUUAGAGGUUUUUUUUUUCCUUUCGAUUGGCAGGUUACACUUAAAACGAUGCUAGCAACUUACAUAUAAAAUUGCUAAUGAUUCUCUGUAUAAGUUGCUACAAUACUUUUUAACUGAAGUUGCUGCCUCACUAGAACUUAUUACAUGGUCUCUACAUAAUUUACUAGCAUGUACUCAUUGAAGUUUCUACCAGACACUCACUAUAAUUGCAAUAUAGUCUCCAUGUAAGUUGAUAUAAAUCAUUAUUGAAGUUGCUACCAAAAUAUUUAAUGUAUUGCAGGCACAUUCCCAUUUUAAUUGUCAUUUUU